AUGUCACAACAAACGCAACCGCCGUUGCCACAGGCUUCGGCGUUAUCGCAGAUGCACGACCUGCUUGCCAAUCUCCAAGACCGCGCGGCGCAACUCGAUACACAGAUGAAUAAGUUGAGCAAGGCACUUGACCACUGGCGCCUGCUCGGCGCCGAAUACGAGGCCCUCGCCGACGAGGUUAACCAAGCCCGGGCAAAGGUCGCCGGCGACGACAAGGCGACACAGCAAGCGCAGCAGGCUGCCCUCGUGCGCAUCCGCCGCGACUUUGACGGCCAGCUGGUCGACCACCAGACCGUGUGCGACCUGUUUGGUGCCCGCCAGGGGCAGACGAUUACUCGAAGCACCGACCAUAUUGCCAGCGCCAUCGGCCGGCGACUCGACUAUGUGCACCAAAACACAGAAACCCUGGAAAAGAAGGUGGAGGUGGUGGUGAAGCAGCUGUCGGCAUUGCAGCUCGGCGGGCUGACGGAGAUGCUGGAUGACGAAGACAAGACCGAACGGGACGCACAAGAUGGUGGUGGUCAUGGCGAUGGAGGUGACCUUGAUGGCCCCGUCACGGACAUUGUCGAGCAACUGGACGAGGAUGGAAACGUGACCGACGUGCAGCUACACACGCCAUCGGACACACAAGAGCGGGUGAUGGAGGCGCUGAAGAAGGCCGGCAUCGAUGAAAUUCCACCUGGUGGCCCCACUGCGGCCAAGAAGAAGACAACAGACACCACUGCUGACCGAAAAGACUCGGAGGUUUUACAGCAGACGAAAGACGUGACGAAAGAGAAGCCCCAAGCAUCGAAACUUGGACCAAACACGUCGUCGGCUCGCAAAACCGUGUCUUUCUCUGAGGAUGCAAAGGCCGGCGAUUCCUACUCUUCCUUCCCACAGCCUACUUCCUUUGCGGCGCAACGGCUGGAAAACAUUAUGCGCAGUGCAAAGGACCAGGAGUCUGUUGUUGACGCCUCGACGUCGGUUGUACCCGAUGACGAGCCGGCGGAUGAGGCGGCCCUCCGCCGGGAGAUGCUCGAGUACAGUAUAUCCGAGAUUGGACCGAUUGUCGCACAGCUCGACCUAGAAGAGGGCACGUCUGACGACGACGAGGGAUACGAUGACUUCUACGACGAAGAAUAUGACGACGAAGAUGAUGAUGACGCGGAGGAUGAACACGGUCGGUCCAAGUACAGCGUCAUCGACGAGACAUACCGCGAGCGAAUGCGGGAGUUGGAGCGGAAGCUGGGUGUGGCUCCGCUGCAGCAUUCAUCCACCUUGGCCCCGUCAGCGGCUUCUGGGGCCGAAGGUGCCGCUGCUGCAACGACGGACGACGUUGCGGAGAGCCUGGGCCGGAUUCGUGUUUCGGGCCUCGCUGAGGCUGCGGCGGUGGCUGUAGGCAAUGCAUCCAACGGCGCCCCGGCAAAUGCAAAUGGUGACGUGCAAUCGCCCAAGUCGCCUGCAAGUCUAACAUCGGUGUUGAAAGAACCGACAGAGAAUUUCCGCACCAAGGUCAAGGCCACAGGUAACGAUGCAAAGAAGGUGUCGUUUGCCAGUUCUGUGGACAUUGCGCCAUUGGAGACCGUACCACCGGCUGCAUCCCUAGCCUCUGCCUCUGCCUCUGUGGUUGCCAAGGCCAAGGCCAAGGCGCAUGCGCAGCCUGUGGUCGACCCGAUGAGUGAGGUCAUCGUAGAACGUGGGAGCAAACAAAAUGGCACCAGCAGCACAAUUCCCCAGCCGCCGCCGGCACGUGAUGCCACGCAGAAACCGAAGCGCGUUUCCCGGUUCAAACAGGCCCGUGUGGGUGGCGAUGUCGAUGGCACGGCCGCUGCUAACGGCGGUCUCCCAAAAGGCCCCCACCAAGCUCCUGUCCGGUUCCUCGACGAGGACCGCACAGUCGCACCGGACGGCCCAGAAGGCAGGACGCAUGUCGACGAAGUCAUUGAGCGAACGGCGGUGACGCAGCCCAGAGAGCCCCACGAGCUGGAUGCUGGUAUCCUGAUGCAGGAGGCGGCUACGGAAUACCACAAGACACGCAAUCGGUUCAUCCAGCAACAGGGCGGGUUUCUACAGGCGAGCGAGUCGGCCGUCGUGCCUGUGGGAUUAGAUGACGGCGGUCCGCGCAUCAGCAAGUUCAAAGCUGCGAAACUUGGCAAGCAGUUUAUGUCUUAA